AUGUCGGCCUACCCAUGCACCCUGGCCACGCAGCCGCCCUCGACGCCCAAGACGACCCUCCUCUUUCCCACGCAAGACACGCUGCUCGUCGUGCUCAACAACCCGCGAGGCCUCAACUGCCUAUCCACCUCGAUGCACUACGCCCUCCACGCUCUCUUUGAAUGGUACGACAACGAACCCUCGCUGCGCUGCGCCGUCAUCACGGGCGCGGGCCGCGCGUUCUGCGCCGGCGCGGAUCUCAAGGAGUGGAAUGAGAACAAUGCCGCGCGGGCGGCAGGGAAAACCGCCGGCGCGGGAGACGGAAGGAGGGAGAUGCCCCGGUCCGGCUUCGGCGGAGUAUCCAGACGGAUCGGCAAAAAGCCCGUCAUCGGGGCCAUCAAUGGGCUGGCUUUUGGAGGCGGGAUGGAAAUGGUCGCCAAUAUGGAUUUGGUGGUUGCUGCCAGGUCCGCGCAGUUUGCACUGCCGGAGGUGAAGAGGGGCGUGGUUGCGGUGGCGGGUGCGUUGCCCCGAAUCGUGAGGACGUUGGGCAAGCCGAGAGCGAUGGAGAUGGCGCUGACGGGACGGACGGUCGGAGCAGCUGAGGCGGGGGCUUGGGGACUGGUGAAUUUCGUCACCGACGACGCACCUGUGGAUGCAGACGUGUCGGAUCGACCGGUGGUCAAAAAGGCUUUGGAGUAUGCGAAAGAAAUCGCUGGGAAUAGUCCUGACAGCGUUAUUAUCUCUCGAGCAGGUAUCAUUGAGGGCUGGGAGGAUGGGUCUGCCGAGCAUGCAACUCAGAGCAUCGUGGAUAUUUACUCAAAGAGGUUGAAUGAGGGCGAGAACAUUCACGAGGGUGUCAAGGCCUUUGUAGAGAAGCGAGCUCCGAGAUGGGUACCGAGCAAGCUGUAG